CGGGAGGAAGCAGGAAGGCUGGCCAGAGCCAGCAUGGCGGGCGGCUGGGUAAUGGCACUGGGAUUGGGGCUCUGCCUCGCUGCGCUGCCCCGAGGAGGCUGUCACACCCCCGGCACAGCCGCAGCACCCCAAACCGCAGCUGUGCUGCGAGACAAUUUCCGCCUGCAGCCAGGGGAUUUGGUGGCCACUGUGGGGCAAGUGUUGGAGCUGGAUUGUGUCCCCCCCUGGGGGCACCCUGAACCCCGCGUCACCUGGAAGAAGGAUGGGGUGACCUUGGACUUGAUGGGUGACCGGUACGUGGUCACCAACGGGAAGUUGCGGGUGGCACCAGCGCGGCGGAGCGACUCCGGGAUCUACGUCUGCGUGGCGGCCAACGCGGCGGGCGAGAGGGAGAGCCGGGGCGCCCGCGUCUCUGUUCUGGAGAAGCCGACCAUUGUGCGACGCCCAAGCGACGCCGUGGCGGUGGCUGGCAGCACCGUGGAGCUGGGCUGCGGUGCCCAGGGUGACCCAGCACCACGGGUGCAGUGGCACAAGGAACGUGGAGACCUGCCCUGGGGCAGGCAUGAGGUGGAUCGGGAGAACACGUUGCGCCUCUACGCUGUGACACCGACCGAUGCUGGCACAUACGUGUGCACGGCGCAGAGUCAGCUGGGCACCGCCGCCGCCACCGCCCACCUCCGCGUGGACAACCGCUUGCCAACGGGCCGGUGGGAAGCUGUGCCACGGGACCUGCUGGCCGUGCGGCUGCACCUGGACAACGGCACUGCACUGCCCACUGCCGCCGUCCAGCUCCGCUGGCGGAUGCUGACGCCGGCACCGGCACCAGAGGGCUACAUGGUGCUGUACCGUUGCCUGCUCCCUGCCACCACCUCCUGGACCCAGCACAACGCUGGCAGGGAGCUCAGCACCAUCAUCCCUGCGCUCCGCAGGGGCUACAAGUAUGAGUUCAAGGUCCAACCCUACGCUGGAGGAACCCAGGGCUUGGACAGCAACAGCAGGCACCUCUGGAUACCUGAGGAAGUGCCAAGCGCAGCACCCCAGCACGUCACCGUGGGCCAGGCUGAGACGGGGAACGGCACUGUGGUCGUGAGCUGGGAGCCACCUCCUCCUGAGGCCCACAAUGGCAUCAUCCGGGGUUACAAGGUCUGGUCAAUGGGAGAAGGGUGGCAACGUCCCAUCAACAGGACAGUGGACGGAGGCACCCACCACCUGGAAACCUUCCUCCCAAGCACUGGGGCCGAAUUCUGUGUCCAGGUGGCAGCUUUCAAUGGUGCAGGGCUGGGAGUCCCCAGCAAUGCCACCUGCAGCAUCCUGGGGGUGACAGCGAGGAGCACUAGAGUGGUGCAGGUGCUGCGGCAGCCUGCUGUCAUUGCAGCCACUGGCUCACUGCUCUGGUUGGCCUUGCUCGCCCUCCUCCUCCUCCUCUGCCAGCGCCGUGCCAGCCAGGAUGCCGCAGCUCGCCACAGGCUGGUGGCUGGUGACUCACCGUGGCUCGGUGGCCCCUGGAGACCUGGGUGUGCUCCCCACAACCUCAGCAGCAGCAGCAGCCUCAGCAGCCGGCUCCUGGGCAGCGACGGCAAGGACCCCCACCCCUCCAGUGAGCCCCAUGGGGACCAGGACCCCCACUCAGUGCCAUGGGACCCCCACCCCUCCACCUUGUCCUUGGACCCAUCAAGCCUCAGCCCCUCCACACCCCCCAAGCACAGCAGCCUCCACGGGGGGCACCCGCCGCCCCUUGGGGAGGCAGGGUGCUACAUUGGGGGACACCCUGGGGUGCGCACCUCGCCCAGCACCCCAAACCCUGCACCUUGGGAGCGUGUCCACAAGAGAGAGCUGCAGCAAGUACACAGCACCCCACUGCUCACGGGUGGCCCCAGCCAGGUCCCUGGGAGAGGAGGUGAGUGGGGGACGGAUUUUGAGGUGGCAGCCGAGUGGCCUCAGCAAAGGGGACAGGAGGACGGUGACACCGACACCGCCGUGCUGGCCAGAGGGGACCUGCGGCAGCUGCCAGUCUUCAGCUCUCCAAAACCACGUCGGGGAAGCGACUCGCUGGCCUCUGGUGUCACUGGCUUACUGGUGACACCCCUGAGGCCACCCCACGCCUGGCACCCGCCUGUGACCCGGUCCCCAGCCACUGCAUGUCCCAGAGACACGUCCCCUGUCACCAGGCACCCCAAGGACAUGUCCUCGGUCACUGGGACCCCCAGGGACACGUCCCCUGUCACCAGGCACCCCAAGGACAUGUCCCUGGUCACUGCAUGUCCCAGAGACACAUCCCCUGUCACCAGGCACCCCAAGGACAUGUCCCCGAUCACUGGGACCCCCAGGGACACGUCCCCUGUCACCAGGCACCCCAAGGACAUGUCCCCGGUCACUGCAUGUCCCAGAGACACAUCCCCUGUCACCAGGCACCCCAAGGACAUGUACCCGGUCACUGGGACCCCCAGGGACAUGUCCCCUGUCACCAGGCACCCCAAGGACAUGUCCCCGGUCACUGGGACCCCCAGGGACAUGUCCCCUUUCACCAGGCACCCCAAGGACAUGUCCCCGAUCACUGGGACCCCCAGGGACACGUCCCCAGUCACCAGGCGCCCCAAGGACAUGUCCCUGAUUACUGGGACCCCCAGGGACACGUCCCCUGUCACCAGGUGCCCCAAGGACAUGUCUCCGGUCAUUGGGACCCCCAGGGACAUGUCACCUGUCACCAGGCACCCCAAGGACAUGUCCCCAGUCACUGGGACCCCCAGGAACAUGUCCCCUGUCACCAGGCGCCCCAAGGACAUGGGCACCCCAGUCACUGGGACCCCCAGGGAGAUGUCCCCAGUCACAAGGCGCCCCAAUGACAUGGGCGCCCCAGUCACUGGUAUCCCCAGGGACACACCUGCAGCCACCUGGUGCCCCAGGGACACAUCCUCAGUCACUAAGAGCCCCAGGGAUGUGUCACCAGUCACCAGGCACCCUAGAGUCAUAUCCCCAGUCACCAAGUACCAUGAAGACGUGUCCCCAGCCACCAGACACCCCAGGAACCUAUCGGCAGCCACUAGGCACCAGAAGGACACAAUCUCAGCCACCAGGCACCCUGAGGACACAUCCCUGGUCACAAGGUGCUCUAGGGACAUGUCCCCGGUCACCAGGCACCCCGACAAGAUGUCCCCAGUCCCUGAGCACCACAGGGACACUUUUCUGGGCAGCAGGCACCCCAAGGACAUGUCACCAGCCACCAGGCACCCCAAGGACACGUCCCCAGCCAGUGGGCACCCAAGGGAGAAGUCUCCAGUCACUAGGCUCCCCAAGGAGAAGUCCCAAGCCACUGUGCACUGCAGGGACAAGUUCCUGUCCACCAGCAGGUACCUUGAGGACAUGUCACCAGGCACCAGGCACCACAAGGACACAUCCCCAGCCACCAGGCACCCAAGGGACUCAUCCCCAGUCACCAGACACCUUGAGGAGAAGUCCCCAGCCCCUGGUCACCGUACAGACACAUUCUUGGGUGGCAGGUACCCCAAGGACACACCCACCACCACCAGGCACCCCAGGGACAGGUCCCCACUCCCUGGGCACCUCUCGCCGGUGCUCAGCGAUGGGGUCCUGACGCCACAGCAGGUGGCCGAAGACCUGGAGAUGGACCAGGACACUAUCUGCGGCAGCCCCUCAGCACCGACCAUGCCACGGUCCUUCUCACCGCUGCACACCUACGGCUACAUCUACGGGCCACCAGCCUCCGAGCUGGGUGAGGAGGAGGAGGAAGAAGAGGAGGAAGAGGAAGAGCGGCCGGCAACAAGAGGCUCACCAGGGGGAUCACUGCUGAAUGGCUGGGGGUCUGUCUCAGAGGACAACUUCGCCAGUGCUCGCUGCAGCUUGGUGAGCUCCUGUGAUGGCUCCUUCCUCCUGGACGCCAGCUUUGCCCGGGCGCUGGCGGUGGCCGUUGAUGGCCUCUGUUUCAGCCUCGAGGACACUGAUGGGAGCUAUGGGGUAGGUCCCUCACCACCACCUUCACCUUUGGACGGUGUCUUCUCACCUGAGGUCCCCACCCCCACCUGGGACUGGGGGAUGGCAGUGGGAGUGCCAUGGAGACAUGGGAUGGAAGCAGCUGCAGGCAUCCCACAGCAUGGUGGCCAUGGGAUGGGGACUGACAGCCCCUGGGCCAGGGUGGGUGGUGAGACAGGGACAGGAGGAACAGGAGCAGUGCAGUCUGCAGGGUGUAGGAUGCGGCAAGGCCAGAGUCCCCUCAGCUCACCUAAAAACCAGCUUUAUUAAGAAGUUCCCCAAAAAGGGGCUCUUUGCUAACCAAAGUCACCCACCAAGGUGGGUGUCCUCAAGGUGGGUGGGUGUCCCUCCUUAUCCACCAUCGGUGUCUUCCCCAAGUGUCCUCACCCUUCCCCAGCGCCCCCAUCCUUCCCCAAAUUCCCCAUCCCUCCCCAGCAUCCUCAUCCUCCCCAAGUGUCCUUAUCCCCUCCAAGUGUGCUUGUCCCUCUCCAGUGUCCUCCUCCUUCCCCAGCAUCCUCAUGCCCCAACCAUCCUCACCCAACCCAAGCACCAUCAUCCAUUCUAAGUGUCCUUGUCCUUCCCCAGAGUCCUCCCGACCAUCCUCAUCCCCACUGACUGUUCUCAUUCCUCCUGACCAUCUGCAUCCUUCCUCAGCGUCUUUGUCCCAUCCCGACCAUCCUGGCCCUCCCAACUGUCCUUGUCCCUCCCAAGCCAUCUUGUCCUUUCUGAAUGUCCUUGUGCCCCCUCCAAAUGUCCUAAUCCCUCCUAACCAUCCUCAAGCCCAGGGUUCUCAUCCCUCCUGAGCAUCCUCAUUCUUCCUCAACUGUCCUUGCUCACUGUCAAGUCUCCUCAUCUCUCUCCACCAUCCUCAACCCCUGUGACCAUCUUCCUCAUCCCUCCCUACUGUCCUUGUCCCUCCCAAGCAACCUUGUCUUUCCCAAGUGUCCUCUUCCCCGCAGUGGUUGUCAACCACUGGGUGUUCCAAUCCUUCCCCAGUGUCCUCAUGCCCCCAAGCACCCUUGUCCCCCCAACAUUCCUUGUCCCUCCCCAGCACCCUCAUCCCUCUGCAGUGUCCUUGUCCUUCUUCCUCCCAUGUAUGUUUAUCUUCCCAGCUGUCCUCAUCCCUUCUGACUAUCCUCAUCCUUCCCAGCCAUCCUGGUCCCUCUCCAUCCUCCUGGUUCCUCCCAAUUCGUCUUGUCCCCAGGAUCCUUGUCCCACCUGAGCAUCCUCCUCAUCCCUCCCCAGUAUCCUUAUCCCUCUCCAGGGUCCUCAUCUUUCAUGACUGUCCUUGUCCUCCCCAAGCAUCCUCAUCCCACCCAACUGUCCUUGUCCCCAGGGUCCUCAUCUCUCCCUGCAUCCUCCUCAUCCCUCCUGAGCAUCCUGGUCCCUCCUCAGUGUUCUCAUCCCUAGCAACUGUCCUUGGCCUCCCCAACCAUCCUCAUCCUUCCCAAUUGUCCUUGUCCCCAGGGUCUUCAUCCCUCCUGAGUAUCCUUGUCCCUCCCCAGAGUCCUUGUCCCUCCCAACUGUCCUUGUCUUCAGGGUCAUCCUCCCUCCCUGAGCACCCUCUGCAUCCCUCCCUGAGCAUCCUCAUCCCUCCCAAGAGUCCUUGUACAUCCUGACUGUCUUUGUCCCACCCCGAGCAUCUUUGUCCCCACCUUGCACUGCCACCCACCAGCCACUGGCUCUGCGCAACCCUAUUUACAUGGUGCCACUCAGAAAUUAAAGAGCAUCCUCCCUGUC